AUGGACGACGACAACGAUCAUACACCGGAGGCAUUGUUGGAGGAUUCUUUAAUGUUGGAGAAUUUUGUGUGUUUUCUUUUAUUGUUAUUGGAAUUGAAGUCUGAAGACGGCGGUGAUGGUGUGAAUUAUAGUGUGGAGUUUGUCACGGACGCGUUAUUUCCAACGUUUGAUGAUACAGUUAAAUGGGCGGAUGUUGUUUCCAUAAAUCUGGGAUUUAUUUUGGUUAAAUCGUCUUACAACAAAACCAGAGAUGGUCGGUCGUAUCGAUAUUUGAGAUGUGAUCGAGGACAGAAAAGCAAGCCGAGAGAUUUUGAGAACGCAAUACGAGAGGACACAAAAACCAAAGCUAUUGGUUGUCCUUUCUACAUCAUGAUAUAUUAUGAAUUCAUCACAGACGAUUGGAAGAUCCGUGUAAAAAAUGAUGAAAUUGGGAUCCAUAACCAUCCAAUGAUUGUGUAUCAGGAGGGUCAUCGAAAUAUUAGUGGCUUGAGCCCAGAUGCAAAAAAGGUUAUGCGUGACAUGAAAAAUUCCAAGGUUGCACCGCGUAACAUCAUGGCAACUAUUGCAGAGCAAUUUCCUGAUGAUCAUCCAAACAUCAGACACAUUUACAAUUGCCGGAAUGACUUGAGAACGGAGAUGUCUGAAGGCAGUGGAGUUGUUCAGCAAUUUCUUCAUUUGGAGAGACAGAAUCAAUAUAUUUACUGGGUCAUGGCCGAUGACCUCGACGUUCUACGACAUGCAUUUAUGGUGCACCCAAUCAUGGUAAACAUACUACGCAUAUACCCACAUGUAAUCGGUAUGGAUUCGACAUACAAGACCAACCGAUACGGGAUGCCGUUCUUUGAGAUAGUAGGUGUAACACCGACAAAUCAGAAUUUCCUCGUUGGUUAUGUCUUCAUGCGCAACGAGUGUACGGCAAGCUAUCGGUGGGUGUUGCAGAGAUUAAGGGAGUUGAUUGGGUAUGAUAAAGAACCAUCGGUAUUUUUGUCAGACCGUGAACUUGGCCUCUGUGCGGCAUUGAGAGAAGUGUUUCCAGGGACGUCGCAUUUACUUUGUCGAUGGCACAUUGACAAAGAUGUGGAGGCUAGGGUGACUGAUAUGUUUAAAAAUAAGAAGAUCGGUGCAAGUUUUAAAAAUGGCAAAAUGGAAACGCAAAUUCAUCCAUUCUGGAGUACCUUGGUUAUUGGUGAUGGUGUUGAUAUACCUGUGUUCGUUAACGAUUCAACCAAGGAAGUUGCACAUUUUCGUUCCCUGGUUGAUGAGGUCAUUGGUAGUGAUCCUACUAUACUUCGAAAUGUAUCUUGCAUCAUUGAAGAGGAGCUGCAACCGGAUCAUACAAACCUUGAAGAACCACAUGUAAACCACAAUGUUCGAGGUUGA